AUGGCACAGCCAGCUCCCACAGCUCCCCAGAGCACGAACGCCCCGCUAACCCCCACACAAACCCCAUAUUUCGAGAAUGGCAUGACAAUCCUCCUAAAUACCUGGCCUGCGCUAUCAAUGGCUGUUGAGAACGAGUUUGGAGGACCGGAUUCGGCUGAUAAGCGGGAUUGGAUGUGUGGAGCUGUUGCCGACCUGUUUAACUCGGAUCCAACCACCGACGCCGAAGAUUUAGAAGACUUCCUUCUCCAAAUCCUAUCCGAUGAAUUCGAAACAGCGUUGGAAGACGAUAGCGCGUAUACAGUUUCUCAGAGGAUAUUACUCUUACGACGACAAGUAGCCGCCGAUGACUUUUCGGGUGCAAAUGCGCUUAAUGAGUUUUGGGAAAAGAAUGGGGGAAGGAAUAAGCCGAAGGUUAAGGUUGUGAAACAGGGUGAUAGUGAUGAUGAUGAAGAGGAGGGAGAUGAGGAUGGGGAAGAAGGAGGGGAUGUGGAGAUGGAUGAAGCGCCGCAGUUGGUUGCUGUCAAGGAACGGGUCGAGAAGGUUGUUGAUGAAGACGGUUUCGAGUUAGUACAGAAGAGGAGAAGGUAG